CAAAGAAACUCCACACUCCUCCCCAGCUAGACGGACUUUUCUUCUCCACCUUCCUCCUGUCCUGUGCCUUUCCUCUUCCUCCCCGAUCCCUUCCUCCGCCACGCUGCUCUCAUGCUCUGCCCUACCCAAUCUCUCCUAUAGUCCACGUCCACCACCGCUCCGCUCCGCUCCGCUCUGCUCCCCCAACAACCCCGCCGCUGACGCGCGUCGCCGCCAUCGCCGUCGCCGUCGCCGUCGCCGCUCCUACUUCACCGCGUCGCUGCCGUCUCCGCACCCGUCCGCAAUCCUGGACAUUGGUUUUUGAGGGCAAUUGGGGUCAUCAUGUGUCAUACACUUCUUAAGCUCUAUCAAACUCCUUACCCGUUCCGAUGCUCUUAAGGUCCUGUUUAAAACAAAGAGAUGGAUGCAGCUGAUCUAGAGAAUCCAACAUCCAGAAACGCAUCUCAGAAAUCCAGCCGCCGUUCUAGUAGUCGCCGUUCUCAAAAGUCAGCUGGACAGCAAUCUUCCCCCACUGUAUUUCCAGAGAAAAGAGGCAAAUCUAGAUCUUUGAGGCAAAAGCAUGUGACUGUUGACAAUAAAGAUGCCAAAAGGGGUAAAAACCAUGAGCGUAGAACUGAUACGGUGGAUGAGAGGUCCAAUUUUGUAGGUUUCGAAGUCUACGCUGGCAAACUGUUUUUUGACAGGAAAAAUAAAAGUAUAGGCGUGGAUGGAAAAUUGUCAUCAAACAAGAAAGCUGAUACAACUGAUGCAAGACUCACAAGUAAAGCCCUUAUAUGGGGUUCCACUGUACUCAGCCUUGAGGAUGUCAUCUCUGUAUCCUAUAAUUCUGGUGUCCAACAUUUUACUUUACAUGCAUAUCCUGGUAAGAAGUCUCUAUUUGGAAAGACACAUAGAGUUCGGAAGGACUUCCGAUUUAUGGCCUCUACACUAGACGAGGCAAUUUUGUGGGUAACAUGCUUUGCAGAACAGAACAUAUACAUUAAUGUACUGCCACAUCCUGCAACAUCCAGUAUCAAGGAAGACACAGAUGCCCCCCUUGGUGGGGUUUUAUUUGAUUACCCACCAAUCAAAUCCAGAACUCCGCAGAGAAUACUUGUUAUAUUGAACCCUCGUUCUGGACAUGGUCGGUCAAUUAAAGUUUUCCAUGAAAAAGCAGAACCUAUAUUUAAGCUUGCAGGUUUUCACAUGGAGAUAGUUAAAACUACUCAUGCUGGUCAUGCGAAGUCUCUCGCGUCUACUUUUGAUUUUGGCGCAUUCCCUGAUGGGAUUGUCUGUGUUGGCGGUGAUGGAAUAGUAAAUGAGGUGUUCAAUGGUCUUCUCACCAGAAGCGAUAGAACAGAAGCUGUGUCAAUUCCAGUUGGAAUAAUCCCAGCAGGAUCUGACAACUCACUUAUUUGGACUGUUCUGGGAGUUAAGGAUCCUAUUUCCGCUUCAUUGUUGAUUGUUAAGGGUGGCUUUACAACCCUGGACAUAUUGGCUGUUGAGUGGCUCCAAUCCGGGCUAAUACAUUUCGGCACAACUGUUUCAUACUAUGGUUUUGUUAGUGAUGUCCUGGAACUUUCUGAGAAAUACCAGAAGAGAUUUGGCCCUCUUCGAUAUUUUGUGGCUGGAGUACUCAAAUUUUUGUGUCUACCAAGUUACUUCUAUGAGUUAGAAUAUCUUCCUUUGUCAAAGGACAUGGCUGGGCAUGCAAAAGGUACAGGACAAGACAAGGUUGAAUUGUCUGAUGUCUAUACAGAUGUAAUGCGCAGUCGAUCAAAAAGAGAAGGAUUUCCACGAGCUUCAAGUUUUUCAAGUAUUGACUCUAUCAUGACUCCAAGUCGGAUGUCUCUUGGGGAUUUCGACACAUCAGGUGGUACAGCGGCAAGCAGUGAACCGUCAGAGUAUGUGCGUGGUCUUGAUCCAAAAGCAAAACGGCUCUCUAUGGGCAGAAGCAACAUUGUUUCGGAACCAGAAGAAGUCCUACGCCCUCAACCUCAUCAUGCAUCAUACUGGCCAAGAACGAGGUCCAAAACAAGGACCGAUAGAAAUUCAGCAGGUGUCACAGCUUCUAACGAUACACGGUUAUCUUGGGCAGCCCCUUCAAUGCAUGAUAAGGAGGACAUUUCCUCGACAAUAUCAGAUCCAGGACCUAUUUGGGAUAAUGAACCAAAGUGGGACACUGGGCCAAGAUGGGACACAGAGCCAACUUGGGAGCCUGACCACCCUAUCGAACUUCCUGAGGCACCAGAAGAUAUAGAAAUCGGAACAUCUAUGGAACUUGUGCCAAAUUUGGAUGAGAAAUGGGUUGUCAGGAAGGGGCACUUUCUUGGUGUCCUAGUAUGUAAUCACUCAUGCAAAACAGUUCAAAGUUCCCAGGUUGUUGCUCCAAAUGCGAGCCAUGACGAUAACAGUCUGGACUUACUUUUAGUUGGUGGAAGGGGGAGAUGGAAGCUGUUGAGAUUUUUCAUACUACUGCAAUUUGGCCGCCAUCUUUCUUUGCCCUAUGUGGAAUAUGUCAAGGUGAAAUCAGUCAAGGUUAAACCUGGUGCAAACACCCACAAUGGCUGUGGGAUAGACGGCGAGCUCUGCCGCGUCAAGGGGCAGGUUGUCUGCUCCAUGCUACCGGAGCAGUGCAGGCUUAUUGGCCGGCAAUGUAAACAGUCUACCUAAGCACUAUAAACCUGUCGAGCUUCACGGGUUUUUGAGGCGUUGUAUGAUCUGUUGUUUACUUGUAACAGUUGAUUUUGAGUUGUCUAUAUUAUCGUUUACUUGCCGAUGAAGGUGCGGGUGACUGGUCGGUCGGACAAUGUUGUGACUUAUCUGUAUAUUUGAGUGAUUAUAGAGGGAUACCUCGAUCCUUUCUUA